GGCCGAUGCCUUCGCGCGAUGCACAUAAGCCGUGAGGGCCUUCCGGCUCCGGUAUAGCGACUCUUCGGCGAUACAGAAUGGCCCAGCCAGCUGUUUCAAGCAGUCAGUAUAGACUUCACUGAUAUAUCAAGGUAGGCCUGUUUGAGACAACAACCGCAGCUGACAGCAGAGUCCACCACGAACCUCCUCGCACCACCCUAGACGGACUCGAGCCUACCUCGUAACAUGGAAGGCCACAUGCCCACUUCACAAGCAGACGCCAGCCCCGAGCUCCUGGAAGAGUACAAGCAAUGGCUCGCUCUCGGCGAAGGAGGAAUCGCAUACAACUGGGAAGGCUUCAUGAUCUGCAAGCACUUCGAGAAGACCGUGGCACGAGACGAUACCACCGAUCCCUCACUCUACGACUCUACUGAAGUGCACGCACCAGGCUGGGACGAGGCAACGGAGGCACAGCGCAAAGCAACACAAGCCUCGUUCUUAUCACUACCUCUACCCGAACGAGACUCUCCACGAGCAAGAGCAAAGCCAUUCAUAUUCCCACAACGCGAGAGAAAUGAGAAAGAGCCGCAAGAUGAAGAGAUUAGAAAUGCAUACCAAUUCGCUGUCUCUCGCCUCAGCGAAGUCAACGACGACCUACAUUGGAAGACGUCUGUCCUCGAAAGACACGGACCUGCACUCUUUCUGCAAGACAGUCUCCUUCCCGCAACUCCCUUGGCAAAACCCACACAAGGGGAGAUAUGCCACGUUCACAGAUCGGACCUAUCGGCUCAUGUGACGUUGAGCUUUCCAGAUGCAAAAGAGGUGUUGCAAAAAGGCUGGGGAGAAAGACACAGACUCAGUGGGACUGAAAGGUUGCAUUUGGGGUACACGAUGCUUUACGUGCCGAGAAGCGUGCAAGAGGUGGAGGUAUUGGCGAGCAUACUACAGGCUGGGAUUGACUACAUGAAGAGCAACAAGCAUGAGUGAACAUGUUCCAAGCAGCAAUACUUCAUUGGAUAUAUGGCAGAGC